AUGCCGCGUUGUUUGCUAAGGUCAAUGGCACGAUAUCACAAGACAGACAAAUCUAACGAAGAGUCCGAAUUCCCGUGGCUACCACCGUCCACGAAUCUCAAGCGAAAGAACCAUACGAAAGAGACGACAUCCAAGACGAGCAAUAUCUGGACCUGUUCCGGACUCCCUAUUGUAACCCGUUACAGCUUCCACAAGAACAACGGCGCGCCAUUUGACGCAGAGUUGAAUUUAGAUGGACAAAAUUUUGAGAAUACGAUAGAUGCAGAAAAAAUCACUGGCACGAUAAAUCCAAAUAUGAUCAACGGCUGCGAAACACAGACCCUCUCGCAGACUUUGUAUUUACUGCCGAAACAGAAGCACGAGUCGACGAAUGCAGCUGAGGGUAAAACGACAUCCACUCGGGAAGGCUGGAAGAAAAAUAAAACGAUGCACUAUUGUCCGUAUUGUCACAAGAGCUUUGACCGGCCGUGGGUGUUGAAGGGCCAUUUGCGUCUACAUACAGGCGAGCGGCCCUUCGAAUGUCCAGUUUGCCACAAGUCCUUCGCUGAUCGCUCGAAUCUUCGCGCACAUCAGAGGACACGUAAUCAUCAUCAGUGGCAGUGGCGCUGUGGUGUCUGCUUUAAGGCUUUCUCGCAAAGGCGCUACCUGGAACGUCACUGUCCUGAAGCUUGCCGCAAGUAUCGUAUAUCCCAGAAGAAGGAGAUCGUUUGUACAUGA